GACCGUAUGACUACUAGUCAAACAGAUGUAAAGGCUACAUGCACGACAGUGCUGUGAUAUGGAAACAUCUCUGGCGUAGGGCCGUCCAGGUUUUCCCAUCUGGAAAAUCUCGCAUGUACGCUUUUGUUUUUGUUUUCUAUGUGAAGGGGUUUAUAAAUAUUUGCGAUGACAGGAGAUCAGCAACUGUAGGGAGGUAAAGGAGAAAAUCAAUGUUUUGUUUCCCUAAACGAUGGAUCUUGUUUCUUUGAGUGCAUGAUAAUAGAAGCGAACACGGGAAGGAUAUCAGUCCAAGCAAUAGGGAUCGGAUCUGGGAAAUGGGGGCGCUAAUAACAGCAGUAAUAGCUAUAGCAGCAGUGAUAGUGGGAUGGGUGGCCAUAGAGUUGGCCUGCAAGCCAUGUUUGGACAAAGGGAGGGAAGCCAUUGACGCCUCUCUCGAUCCCACUUAUGAUCCAGAUGAGCGGCUUCUUCCUCCCACUUCUACCGCUAAUGCCUGAACACUAAGAGUUGAAGAAAAUGCGGAGAAGCUAAAUCAGUGUGUUAUCAGAGCAGGAAGCAUAAGCGUAGGUGAUUUUAAGGCUGUGGGAGUUGAAUUUGUUUGGUAUGAAAUGAAGAUUCGAUUGUAGCUCAUUUAUUGGAUCAAUAGAGCAAAUAGUAAGCGCAGUUUGUUAACCAUAAAAGAAUACGAAACAAAUGAACUGGUGUGUGAAUAAUUCCACAAGACUAAACGAGUGGUUUGAUGUGGAACGAUGUUGUUGCAGAUUAUGACGACAGUGCACAAUGAAUUGGUUUUUUGGUAGGUGUGAUAGUCGAUGGUAAUGUGAAUGAAUUGAAAUUUGAAUGUGAUCACGUAUUGAGUUGGAUAAUGUACAACUCACUAGCUUGCAAACCUAAUUAUUAAUGACAGAAAAUUUGAAAUA